AUCGUUGGCAACAAUAUCCCUGUCUUCUUUAUCCAGGAUGCCAUUCUCUUCCCCGAUCUCAUCCAUGCUGUCAAGCCUCGUGGUGACAAUGAGAUCCCUCAGGCCGCUACUGCCCAUGACUCUGCUUGGGAUUUCUUCAGCCGGCAACCCAGCUCCCUCCACACCCUUUUCUGGGCCAUGUCUGGUCAUGGUAUCCCACGCUCCCUUCGGCACGUUGACGGCUUUGGUAUUCAUACCUUCCGUUUCGUGACCGACAAGGGCGAUACCAAGCUCGUCAAGUUCCACUGGAAGUCCUUGCAGGGUAAAGCCAGUAUGGUCUGGGAAGAAGCGCAGCAGGUAUCUGGCAAGAACCCCGACUUCAUGCGCCAGGAUCUCUUCGAAUCGAUUGAGGCGGGAAGAUUUCCCGAGUGGGAGCUCGGUGUUCAAAUCAUGGAUGAGGAGGACCAGCUUAAGUUCGGCUUCGACUUGUUCGAUCCUACCAAGAUUGUCCCGGAAGAAUAUGUGCCGAUCACGAAGCUGGGCAAGAUGACUCUGAACCGCAACCCUCGCAACUACUUUGCCGAGACUGAGCAGGUUAUGUUCCAACCCGGCCAUAUCGUCCGCGGCGUUGACUUUACCGAGGAUCCCCUCCUCCAGGGCCGUCUCUUCUCCUACCUCGACACUCAACUGAACCGUCACGGCGGACCCAACUUCGAACAGCUGCCCAUCAACCAGCCUCGUGUUCCCGUCCACAACAACAACCGUGAUGGAGCCGGCCAGAUGUUCAUUCCCCUCAAUCCCAAUGCCUACACCCCCAGUUCUCUCAACACGGGCACUCCCAAACAGGCCAACCAGACCGUGGGCAAGGGCUUCUUCACGGCCCCAGGACGCCAGUCUACUGGACAUUUCACUCGUGCUGUCAGCCCGUCUUUCGCGGACGUCUGGUCGCAGCCGCGUUUGUUCUACAACUCGCUUACGCCCGCCGAACAGCAGUUUGUUGUCGAUGCCAUGCGCUUUGAGAACUCGAAUGUAAAGAGCUCGGUUGUACGCAACAACGUUAUCAUUCAGCUAAACCGCGUAUCUAAUGACCUCGCCCGUCGCGUUGCCCGUGCUAUUGGCGUCGACGAGCCCGAGGCCGACCCGACCUAUUACCAUAACAACAAGACCACUGAUGUGGGUACCUUUGGACAGAAGCUGAAGAGGCUGGACGGACUCAAGGUCGGCUUCCUGGCUUCGGUCGACACUCCCGCCUCGCUUGAGGCCGCAUCACAGCUCAGCGAGCAGCUCUCCGAGGACGGCGUUGAUGUCGUCGUCGUUGCGGAGCGCCUGGGCGAUGGUGUUGACCAGACCUACUCCGGUUCGGACGCCAUCCAGUUCGAUGCUGUCGUCAUUGCCCCUGGUGCCGAGGGCCUAUUCUCUACUUUCUCCUUCACUGCCCCCUCUAACGCCACCUCCUCGUCCACUCUGUUCCCCGCCGGCCGGCCCCUUCAAAUUGUCAUCGAUGGCUUCCGCUUCGGAAAGCCCGUCGGUGCUGUCGGCAGUGGUGCCGCUGCACUCAGGAACGCCGGUAUCCAGACCUCUCGUGACGGUGUGUACGUUGACCGGUCGGUGACUGGUGGUUUCGUUGAUGGUAUCAAGGAAGGUCUUCGCACUUUCAAGUUCCUUGAUCGGUUCAAGUUAGAUCAUUAA